UAUGAAAAUACUUUGCAAUCUUGUGUUGCUACGAAGUUUUGGAAAUAUUUUACUUUAAAGAUGCAAUGGCGUGUUAUUCUUUUAAAAUUAGGAAAAUAACUAUUUUUUCACUGGUUGGGUGAAAGAUGUUUUGUUUUACUUUGUUACCAUUAUUAAGACUGAUGCCUUCACAACCCUUUACUAAUGACUGGCCAUACACCAUAAGCUAUCUGCGUUGUGUAAAACAAUGAAUAUUAUUAGCGCAUUGCUCUGAGUCAAGGUCCUGCAUUGUUUUUUUUUUUAAUUUGUCAGAUAAUAGAAAUUUCUAAAGCUUUUUGAAAUUGAUGUAUAUAUGUUUAUACUAAUAAAAACCAAAAAAACAGCUGGUGCAAUAAUAACAGACACAAAACACAAGCGAAAUAAUUACAGGCUAGCUAGAAGUGCUGACGAAACUUUUCAUUCUUAAGAAUCAAUGCCCAAUCCUCUGGUAAAGGUUCUUUUAAAAACAGAAAAAAAACAGUUUACCAUUUGCAUAACAGUUUUUAAGUGGUUAGUUGGUUAAACAAUUUUUGAAAUCAUUUUACAAUGGAGCGCUAACAUUUAUGUAUCAUGGGGUCAAAAAUCAAUUAUGUAGCUGAUUUUGAAAAAUCUGUCUUGGUCAAUAACUUUGAGAAGCGAGGUUGGACACAGUCUGCUGCAGAUGAAUAUUGGAAUUUCUACUGGGCUAGUGUAACCACUGUUCGACAAAUAUUCAAUAUAGAGACAGGUUACAGAUUAAAUGAUGACCAAGUUAUAAACCACUAUCCCAAUCAUCAUGAGUUAACGCGAAAGGAUACGAUGCUGCGCAAUUUAAAAAGAUACCGUAAAGAACUGGAAAAGGAGGGAAGUGUUUUUGCAGAGAAGGAUGAUAAUGGCAAAUAUGUAUAUUUAGAUUUUAUUCCAACAACUUUUCUUUUGCCUGGUGAUUACAAUUUGUUUGUGGAAGAGUUUCGUAAAAAUCCAUCUUCACCAUGGAUAAUGAAACCAUCUGCAAGAGCACAAGGUGUUGGAAUAUUUUUGAUAAAUCGAUUGUCUCAAAUCAAAAAGUGGUCAAGAGACGGAAAGUCUUUAAGUUUAGGUCAUCAUUCAAGUAAAGACAGCUACGUGAUAUCAAAAUACAUUGAAAAUCCUCUUCUGAUUGGUGGUAAAAAGUUUGAUCUUAGAAUGUAUGUGUUAGUGACGUCUUACAAGCCAUUAAAGUGCUACAUGUACAAGCUUGGUUUUUGUCGAUUUUGUACAGUAAAGUAUAACGCAGAUGUCAACGAACUAGAUAAUAUGUUUGUCCACUUGACAAAUGUUUCAGUACAAAAACAUGGGGACGAGUAUAAUUCCACACAUGGUGGAAAAUGGACCAUUCACAACCUCCGAAUCUAUUUAGAGGGUACCCGUGGAAAAGAGGUUACAGAUAAAUUAUUUGAUGACAUAAACUGGUUGACUGUUCAUUCACUUAAAGCUGUACAGGGAGUUAUAACCAACGACAGACACUGUUUUGAAUGUUAUGGAUACGAUAUUAUUAUUGACGAUGAUUUAAAACCGUGGUUAAUUGAGGUGAACGCAUCGCCAUCGUUAUCUGCUACAACCUCUGCUGAUCGAAUUAUGAAAUUCUCGCUUAUAAAUGAUAUUAUAAAUAUUGUGAUGCCACCAGGUGAACUUCCAGACAUACGUUGUGAACGGAAACCUACGAAAGAUGAAUUAGGACACUUCGAAUUACUCUAUGAUGAAGAAUUAGCUAAUCAAGAUGCAAACUCUACAGAUAGUAAAGGCGUAAUCAAAGGUAAAGCUGGUGCAGCUAGAGGAGGUAAAGAACAAAAGUUUCGAGCAACUUGGAAGUGACCUGUUGAAGAAGCUUCAAUUGUAGAUAUAAUUAAACAUUAACAUAGAUUAAUAUAAACGUUAAUUUAACUAAAAUUACUAUAAAGAUUAUUAUGUGAAUACCGUAGUUGGAGAAAUUCGAUGUGGUGUUAAUUUAGCGAAAAUUUAACGUUCAAUAGUUUUCUGCAAAACUAAAAUGUAAACGCUCUUCUUUAUAGCAACAUAAGACAUAAGACUUCAAUUUUUUUAAAAAGAAAGCAACUUGUAAACAACCUGAAGGAAUUAAAUAAAAAAGAAACCAGGACAAAUCACUUGGUGUAUAAAAGCAGAAAUGGUUUUCUUGCUCUCAAAAUUGUGUAAGUUUUACAUGUAAAAUUUGGUCAACAUAGAUCCUCAGUGAAAAAUUCGUUGCUUUUGUAGAAGCCUGUAUUGCUGAAAUUAAGAUUGAAAAAAAUAUUCAGUUCAGGAAAAGCGCUAACCUGAUAGGUAAAUGUAUAAAAUCUAUGAAUUAUAUUACUGGCGAAUUUAGCCAAAUUUUUCUCAUUAAGUUGUAAUGUUUCAGGUUUUUUAUAUUUAUAUUCUAAGUUUGUAUUAAAAAAUAUAAUUUGCUCCUGUAUUAAUAUUUAAUUCGACUUUUUUAAACUAAAAACGAUAAAAAUCAGA